UCGCCGACAGGUGGCAAUGCUGUGCCGGGGAACACUUGGGACCACGACCAAAGAAGAGUAGACAGGAAGUGUUGGUGUUGUGACGAAACACGUUUUAGAAACACAUCCGACUGCCAAACCAAAAAAGUCUUCAGAUUCGUUGAAGUUUCCUUGAAACACGUCGCCAUGGCAUCCUACACAUGUAUCAGUUGCCGAGUGGCGUUUGCAGAUGGGGAGGUCCAGCGGGCCCACUACAAGACGGACUGGCACCGCUACAACUUGAAGCGCAAAGUUGCCGACAUGCCACCAGUCACCGCCGACAACUUCCAGGAGCGUGUUCUGUCUCAGCGCGCCGCCGCGGAACUCAGCUCUGCGGCCGUGAGUGAAGGCUGCAACGUCUGCAACAAGAAGUUCUCCAGUGCCAACGCUUUCCAGAACCAUCUGCAGUCACACAAACACCUGCAGGCUGAGAAGGCGGCGCUGCUGGCUGCGCAGAGGAAGGUGGAGAAGAUCAAUGAGAAGAACCUGGAGAAGGGACUCGGCGACGAGAAGGCGGACCGAGACGCGCGUAACGAAGCUCUGCAGCAGGCACUGAAGGAGACGCUGAGGCCCAGUCCAGCUGCAACAAAGACCAAAACCAGAACUGACAAGUCUGAGAAACCCCCCAGACUAAUGUGGCUGGAGGAGCAAGCCAAGAGGAAGGAUGGAGGUGAAGAAGAGGAGGAGGAGGAGGAAGAGUGGGAGGAUGUGGACGAGGACAUGGAGGAUGAGGAGGAUGAAGAUGAUGAAGAGGAGAUGGAGGAGGAGGGGGCCUCAGCUGAGUCCUGCCCCUCCACCAUGCCUGGCUCCAUCCCCAUCACAGAUUGUCUGUUCUGCAGCCAUCACUCCAGGUCUCUGAUGAAGAACGUGGCCCACAUGACAAGUGUCCACAGCUUCUUCAUCCCAGACCUGGAGUUCCUGGUGGACCUGCGAGGUCUUGUGCGGUACCUGGGUGAGAAGGUCGGGGCCGGCAACGUGUGUCUGUGGUGCAACGAGAAAGGCCGCAGCUUCUACUCCACCGAGGCGGUGCAGAGUCACAUGACUGACAAGAGCCACUGCAAGCUCUUCACCGACGGAGACGCCUCUCUGGAGUUCGCCGACUUCUAUGACUUCAGGAGCAGCUACCCGGACAGGGGGGAUGGUGAUGAGCCUGGGGCCGAGGAGCUGCCUGACCACACCAGUCUGGAGUACGACGAUGAGACUCUGGAGCUUACCUUGCCUUCAGGGGCAAAGGUCGGCCACCGGUCGCUGCUGCGGUAUUACAAGCAGCGUUUUGGGCAUGAGAGGGCGCUAGUUCCCUCUCACAGGGGCGCCGUUGGCCGGGUCUUGCGCCAGUACCGAGCUUUGGGCUGGAGCGGCGAAGCAGGCAACGGCGUGCUGGGCCGGCAGCAGCGAGACAUGCAGUACGUCCAGAUGAUGAAGUCCCGGUGGAUGCUGAAGAUGGGCAUGUGCCACAACAGCACUCGGCAGAAACAUUUCCGGGUCCAGGUCAUGUUCUGAUCCAGACUUCUGAAUCAUAUUCACCCUCUGGGGCAGUGCCACAGAUGACAGCGCCCUCCGCCUUACUGCGUCCUGAUGUGUGGGCGACCCGCACUCCGCCUGUGUGUCAGCCAGGCUGGGGACAUGUUUGAAAGGGGCAAUGAUGAUUGACAGCUCACCACUUCCUGAAGUCCCU